AUGUUUAAUUACAAUCUCGCAAAUAAAUUUGAAAAUGAAACAGAUGUACCUAUCAAUGCACCACCACACCCUGAAGACGUGGCAUAUUCGGACGUGGCAUUGCGGAAACUGCAAGAUGGAGGAUAUGGAAUAGGGCAUGAUUCUAAGCAAGGAUCGCAAGUAGGAGAAACACCAGGAGAAACACCAGAAGAAACAGGAG